AAGUGACUCGUGCCCACUGCCCUCUUCCAGCAAGCACCUGUUCCUUGAGCUGAGUGUGUAGUUGGCUUACCGGCAGGGUAGACGCCGUAGCUAACUAGCAACUAUUGCUGGUUCAUUGGCAUUGGACCGUCUCUCUACUUGAGUAGCUAGCUUGCUAAACAAGUUGGCAUAUUGCUUGCUUUGGUGUAUCGGUCGGCCCCUGGACAUGCCCGUGUUUGUAGAAGACCCCGCUCAGUUUUCCAAGCGGAGACUGAAGUCGGAGUUAAUAGCCCACAACGUCAAGCUGCCUGCGGUGGACAGCAAGAAGCAAGUUUAUGUGGAACUAUAUUUGAAACACAUCGGUCAGAAAAGUGCUGCAGAUUUCUCUAGUGAUGAGGAGGUUGACCAGGAACAAGAUGUUGUGGAAGUACAGGACAGUCAGGACUGUGAAGAGGAGGAGAAGAAGAAAGAUCCAGAGAUGUUAGACCCCUGUGGACUGACGGAUGACGAGCUCAAGACCACACUGCUCAAAUAUGGAAUGGAAGCUGGACCCAUUGUAGCCACCACUAGGUCUAUAUAUGAGAGGAAGCUGCAGAGGCUACUAAAACCUGCCCAGCCCAGGCAGAACGGUGGCACAGGGGAUGCAGACCAGUACUCGGACAGUGAAGGGGAGGAGGAGUCGGCAGGUUCACAACAAGGAAGACCAGAGACUGUUUCAUUAGUGGAGGAAAACCUGCAUGUUGACAUAGGGCAGGAAGCGGUGACGGUGGACAAGUAUACGAUGACUAACAGAUCCCUAUGCAUCACCCCUAAAACAUCUCUUUUCAAACGGCAAAUCAAGGAGCCGGUCACGGAUGUCCUGAUGGAGAUGUUCCCAGAGACAGAACCCACGCCCACUGGCAUUGCUGCCACCCGUCGGAGGCCUAUCAAGGGUGCAGCGGGGCGACCGGUCCAGUUUAAAUACCCAGACCUCCCUGCUAGUCCCAUGACCCUACAGAGACGGGCAGUGGAGCGUCGCCUGGUUCCUCUGUGGGUCCAGAUCCUGGUCUUCUUCAUCGUGGCCUGCCUCCUCUACCUCAUCUAUGCUGCCAUGGAGGACAGCUUGGACAAUCCCUUUGUGGCUUUGCAGGACAACCUCAGCAUGGGGACGGAGACUGAGGGGCUGUCCCUUCAGGCUGAACCCUAGGAUAUUCCUCUGCUUGCUCUCUAGGGAGGCAUAAUUCCCCUGCUCCUCCUCAAUACUCCACACAUUGGUUUACAGUUAUUGUGAGGAACAUCAUUUGGUUACCAUCAUUCAGAGCCUUAUACAGUAUCUAUAAAAAAAAAAAAAUCUCUAUAUAUGGCUCUGGUGUCAUUCUCCUUUGGACUGGAUGAUGUCACACCUUUAAGCAAGCCAGGGAGCCAGUACCAUCCUGUUGGUUGGAACAUUUUACGGUGAAACCUACUGUGCUGUUCAAAUGCAUACAGGAUCAGUACAAGUGCAGAAAACAAGUGACUAGGCCUACAUAAAAAAAAAAAAAAAAACAUUUAUGAAAUGUGUGUAAUUUAAUGGAGUUUUUGUAUUUAAUAAAAGUAUGUCUCAAUGACAAAUUCAUGGAGUUACAGUUUGAGUUACACCGUUUGUUUUGUUUGUGGCCUUGUUAUCAAAGACAAGUCGAGCCUUAUGUGGUGGAGCGCACCAAAGAUGUGGUCAAGACAAAAUGUCAGGGAUUUCAAUGUCAUCUGAAACAUGCAAGUUGUUUCUUUUGUUUGUUGAUUUUUCAAGAGUUGCUUAUUUUGUCGUCAGUUAUUUUGAAUAAAGAGCAUUUGACA